AUGUUACACCAGCAACAUUAUGAAUUUCGGGGCCAAGUGUUAAGGCUACUCAAUGUUAUAGGACUGAGCUUUCAGCAAGUUGCCAGCACGCUUGACGCUCUCACCGCCUCCAGCGAGCCUACUGCUGCACCCAAUCCGGUUGUACCGCAACCGUUCGACACAGCCGAUGGUCUCUCCAACUUCGAGCCAGAUCUCAGCGCAUCUGACGAAGCUCUUCUGGUCAAGGAACUAAUUCAACUUGGUGGACGAAACCCCAACACCGCAACCAAGCGGAUGCUCGCCUACCUGCUGACUGAUAAACUAGCAGCCGAGUACUCUUGGGAGGGAAAGAAGGGAAAGAAGAAGUUCUGCAAGCUUCGUAUUUGUCAACUCAUGUGUGCUGCAGUAAACAAGAGGUUUACACAAUCAACAAAGGAUGAUGUUGAAGUCACAACAAAGUCAUGGCUCAGACAUGCCCCAGAACGAGAAUAUGGAAAAGUCACCCAGCGUUGA